GUUUUAGGGACCACAUAGCCGGCGCCUCGGCGAACGGCGACAACGAUGCUAAUACCCGCGAUCAUAGCGGGUUUGUGCAUUCUUGCCUUCGAACGACCGGGAAGCUACGUUGUCGAGGCUGCUAUCGCAUGUAAGGGAUGCUCACCCCCAUGUAUAUGCCCUGGAACGAAGGGAGAAAAGGGUAUCCCAGGCUACCCUGGCGAAGUCGGUCAUCCUGGAGCGCCGGGUCUUGACGGACCCGAGGGACCAAGUGGAGCUCCGGGAAUGAUUGGAGCUGAAGGAGACUAUGGCGACAUCGGUCCGAAAGGAAGCCGAGGCGACCGAGGGCUCCCUGGUGCGCCUGGUCAUCCUGGUCUACCCGGACUUGACGGGCUUCCCGGAAUGAAGGGUGAAGAAGGAAUACCAGGAUGCAAUGGCACAGACGGUAUGCCCGGCUUACCCGGAAUUGCUGGACCACCAGGACCACCCGGACCACCUGGAGCACCAGGACGACCAGGAUUACGGGGUCCUCCUGGAGAAGGAGGUAUAAACUCUAUCGGACGGAAAGGAGAAAAAGGAGAAACCGGUCGAGCUGGUAUCCCCGGUGCACCCGGUCACGAUGGAAUGCCGGGUCUCAAAGGCGCCAAGGGAGAUUCCGGACCACAUGGUCCACCAGGAUUCCCUGGUCCUCCAGGUCCAAAGGGAAGAAUGGGUGUUCGAACGCCUGGUGUGAAAGGAGAGAAAGGUCUACAGGGACCUCCCGGUUUGCCUGGUCCACCAGGAACAUUCCCCGGAGCAUCUGCACCGGAAGAGAUCGAAGUCCUCCAGGGACCGAUUGGACCACCAGGUGUGAAGGGAGAGAAAGGUCGUGAUGGUCCGGUUGGACCACCUGGAAUGCUCGGAGUUAGUGGCGCUGAUGGCUACCCGGGACUUAAAGGACAAAAGGGAGAUCCAGGAGAUGCUGGAAACAGGGGCAAACGAGGAAAGGACGGAGUUCCAGGAGCCUAUGGUGAAAAGGGAUCCGUAGGAGAACAAGGUCUCCCAGGUGUCGCUGGUUAUCCAGGACCUAAGGGAGAAGCUGGAGAACCUGGCUAUUCUGGACGACCAGGAGUUGAAGGAGAUGUCGGACCACCGGGAGUGUUCGGUGAAGGUCAUGGAGCUGCUGGAGUACGAGGACUUCAAGGACAAGAUGGAGUACCCGGUCCUAAAGGAGUUGCAGGAAAAGACGGUCUCAUGGGUGCUGUUGGUCCCAGAGGACCGGUUGGAGCACCUGGACCUCAAGGAGCACCGGGACUGGAUGGCCUACCUGGUUAUUCCGAGAAAGGAGAUCGAGGAGAGGAUGGAUAUCCCGGAUUUGCAGGAGAGCCAGGUUUUCCAGGAGAGGAGGGUGAUUGUGGACCACCGGGAGAGGAUGGUCCGCCAGGAUAUGAUAUCCAAGGUCCACCCGGAAACGAUGGAAUGCCUGGAAGGGAUGGUUAUCCCGGUGUUCCUGGAGAAGUUGGAGACGCAGGCUUUCCUGGAGAGAAAGGUUUCCCUGGUGCAGGAGUAAAGAAAGUUGGUCCUCCAGGUCAAAUGGGACUGAUCGGCCCACCGGGAGAAAAUGGUCGAAUCGGUACCGACGGUAUUCCUGGACCACCUGGUGACAAAGGACCAGUUGGAGACAGUUGCGGCUAUUGCCCUGAUGGUGUUCCUGGUCAAAAGGGUGAACCUGGUGUACCCGGUAUGGACGGUUACCCAGGACCACCCGGUCCGGAUGGCGACAGCGGUGAUUGCGGUUUCAAGGGAGAACCUGGCAAACCUGGACUGCCUGGUCCAGAUGGCCUUCCCGGAUCUGUUGGUCUUCCUGGAAUCCCUGGCUAUCAAGGAUUGAAAGGUGAAGCAGGAGAAAUCAUUGGCCCUAUGGAGAACCCAAUGGGAGUGGCCGGACCUAAGGGAGAGCGCGGAAUCCCAGGUCUUCCUGGACUGCCGGGUAAACCUGGCCCAGAAGGCCUUCCCGGACUUCCCGGUCCAAACGGACCACCUGGAUAUCAAGGAGAGAAAGGAUUGCCUGGAAUUGAUGGAAAACGAGGAAGAGACGGACAGAUGGGACAGCCAGGUGCACAAGGUCCUCCUGGUGACAGUUAUCCGGGCGAGCCUGGUGUUGGCGGUGCCAAAGGAGAAAUGGGAGAUGUCGGUUUUCCUGGACUACCCGGUCCUCAGGGUCCUCCUGGUCCAGCUGCUCCUCAGCAGUUCUUCCAAGGAGAAGAUGGAAUGCCUGGUCUUGACGGAGUACCUGGAAUGCCUGGAGAACGAGGGGCAGAUGGCCUACCAGGCCUGCCUGGACAGCCAGGACCACCAGGAUACGCUGGAUUGCCUGGAGAAAAAGGAGCUUAUGGACUACCUGGCUUCCCCGGACUUCAAGGUGAACCCGGUCUCAGAGGCAUGCAAGGUGAUGUUGGCUACAAUGGAGAAGAUGGAGAGUGCGGCGAGGAUGGAGCCGAUGGACUUCCGGGACUGCCGGGAUUGCCUGGAGAAAAAGGAGCACCCGGAUACGGUUACCCGGGAGCAGCCGGCUAUCCAGGGCCAAAGGGAGAACCUGGAGAGGCUGGAGCACCAGGACUGCCCGGACAACAAGGACUCGCGGGUCUUCCAGGGACUCCUGGUUACCCUGGAGAAGUUGGCUUACCGGGUGCAGAUGGAAUGAUGGGAUUGCCAGGUCUGGCUGGCGAAAAGGGCUUGCCUGGAAUUGACGGGAAGCGUGGACGUCCUGGACUAGACGGACGACCAGGUCUGCCUGGACUUCCUGGAAUGAAAGGAGAACGUGGAGCUCAUGGUUUGGACGGACAACCUGGACGACGAGGCCAACCUGGAGACAUGGGAAUGCCAGGAUAUCCUGGACCAGACGGUGCACGAGGUCCUGAUGGAUUGCCAGGAGAAGAAGGACUCAUUGGAUUCCCUGGACUUCGCGGAAUGCCUGGUGACAAUGGCUUGCCUGGACUAGAAGGAGCACGUGGUGAAGAUGGCGACGUCGGAUUAGACGGUAUUCCUGGCGCUCCAGGAGCAGCAGGAGAUGUAGGUCUUCCUGGGCUCCCAGGUGCGGAUGGACUUCCAGGAGAAAAAGGAAUGAUGGGUGAAGAAGGAACUCCUGGAGCUAGAGGAAUGCCUGGAGACGCUGGAUAUGUUUCACGACCUGGACUGCCUGGAGAUGUCGGUUAUCCUGGACCUGUUGGACCCCCCGGUUUGGCUGGUCCUGAAGGCGCCCCGGGAUUGAAAGGAGAACAGGGUGAACCUGGAGACAGCUACCCCGGUCUACCAGGAGCUGCUGGAGCACAGGGCGAACCAGGUUACGAUGGUAUCGAUGGAGCGCCUGGCCAACCUGGUCUCCCAGGCUUGACUGGAAUUCCUGGUCUGAAAGGAGAGCCGGGAGAGCCUGGCUACGCAGGAGCGCCGGGAAGAGAUGGACUGCCCGGAAUACCCGGUUUAGAGGGCGAAUGUGGAGACGAUGGCUAUCCGGGAGCACCAGGUCUACCUGGACUACCUGGCGCCCAAGGACGCGAAGGUGAAAAGGGAUAUCCAGGUAUGCCAGGAGAAGCUGGCCUACCGGGUCUCCCCGGACAACCGGGACUUCCCGGCAUGAAGGGUGAAAGAGGAGAAGCAGGGCUUCCAGGUUAUGCUGGCAUUCCUGGAGAAGCCGGACAAGUCGGCGAUUUGGGAAUCCCUGGAGCACCUGGAGAAGCUGGAGAACCAGGUCUAGCAGGCCGUGAAGGUCAACCUGGAGCGAAGGGUGAAAGAGGAGAAGCAGGUCAACCUGGUUACCCUGGAAAAGAUGGGCUACCAGGCCCACCUGGUAUGGCAGGAAACGAAGGUCUUCCGGGAGCGCCAGGGCAGGAUGUGUAUGGACAAGCUGGACCAGCCGGUCCACCUGGUUUACCUGGACCUGAUGGUAUCCCAGGACUACCCGGAAUGGCUGGUGAACAGGGUAUGGGAGGAUACGCAGGAUCUCCUGGGGCUCCGGGUCCUCACGGAGAGCCAGGACUUCCAGGUGUGCAAGGUGAACCGGGUCUUCUUGGAAUCGACGGCAAGAGAGGUGCCGAUGGAGCUCCCGGAGCACCUGGAGCACCGGGCUUGGCUGGCAUCCCUGGAGCGGAAGGAGAUUGUGGCGAUGAUGGACCUCCCGGACCACCUGGUCCUGAUGGAAUGCCUGGCUACCCAGGUGAAAGAGGAGUACCAGGAAUGCAGGGAUAUCAGGGUCAGCGUGGUGAUGAUGGCCUUCCUGGACUGCCUGGUAUUCCUGGUGUGAAAGGAGAACGCGGAGAAGAUGGUCUUCCUGGUCUUCCUGGUCCCGACGGUUUGCCUGGACGCGAAGGACCGCCAGGAAUUCCAGGACCUAUUGGAGCGCGACUAGAAAGCCCACGCGGAGAACCGGGAACACCUGGACGGCCUGGAGAAAAGGGAUAUCCUGGACUACCUGGAGAGCCAGGUCAACGUGGACCACCCGGCAAAGCAGGGUACCCGGGAGCUCCGGGAGAAGCAGGAUUGCCUGGUCUUCCAGGAAUCCCAGGUCCGAAAGGAGAAGCUGGUGCGGCUGGUCCUGUUGGAUAUGUUGGAAAGCUGGGUGCUGAAGGAACUCGAGGGCCACCCGGAUUACCCGGAGGCCCAGGAGGUUGGGCGCCAUCCAGAGGAUUCACAUACGCUAAGCAUUCACAGACAACUCAGAUUCCAACAUGCGCAGAUGGUGCACCACCUUUGUGGACGGGUUACUCGCUUCUCUAUGUACAAGGAAACGGAAGAGCGAGUGGACAAGAUCUUGGUCAACCAGGUUCUUGCCUCUCCAAGUUCAACACCAUGCCGUUCAUGUUCUGUAACCUCAACAGCGUCUGCCAUGUGUCAAGCCGAAACGAUUACUCGUUCUGGUUAAGCACCGAAGAGCCAAUGACUCCAAUGAUGAACCCAGUCUCCGGCACAGCAAUCCGGCCGUACAUCUCUCGUUGCGCUGUCUGUGAAGUACCAACACAGAUCAUAGCAGUUCAUUCGCAAGAUACGGUAAUCCCAUCGUGUCCAGUAGGAUGGAGCGGUUUGUGGACUGGUUACUCGUUCGUUAUGCAUACCGCAGCUGGCGCUGAAGGUACUGGCCAAAAUCUGCAGUCACCCGGUUCCUGCAUGGAAGAGUUCCGUGCGGUUCCAUUCAUCGAGUGUCACGGACGAGGAACUUGCAAUUACUACGCCACAAACCAUGGAUUCUGGCUUGCCAUUGUCGAUAGGGACAAGCAGUUCCGCAAACCGAUGUCGCAAACUCUCAAAGCAGGAGGCUUGAAGGAUCGCGUGUCACGUUGCCAAGUCUGUCUCAAAAACCGAUGAUGAUGUUCUCAAAUCAAUACUUAUCUUCUUCAUUGGUCACUACCACAUCCAUUGGCAAAGCCUUAUGUUUAGCUGCUUUCUGGUGCCAUAUCUCAAUAACUUUCAAUACUGCCUUACCCUGCCCAACUUUGUUGCUUUAUUAAUGUUUAUUGUGCAGAGUUUUUGUACCAAAUGUUUGUUAUCUAUUAGCCUAAUAACGUAAUAAUAACUGCCAUGAAUUCAAAUCUGCCAUUUGCAGCAUUUCGAGGGCCUCUUACUGCCAAGUUCUUUUGUAGAAAGUGGACGUCGCAAAGUGUGUGAUUGUAAUGCACUCGAUCAUUGCCUUAUUCUCAGAU